AUGCUAUAUGAAAAAGAGCUUGACGAUGCUCCGUUAGUGAUUUUUGAAAAUGUGCAAAGUAUACCUAAAAUCGGUGUACCGGGAGUUAUUAUACCGCGUACCGCUGACACUCGUGCGCUACUGUGUGUCGAAAAUCCACAGCAAUGUCUGAUGAUUGCAGCAAGAUCCGGACUAGGACGAGUGCUUGUUUUUGCACACAAUGGAUAUGUUAGUACAUUUCAAUCACCGAUCGAUAGCAAGUUUCAACCAUUUGUUAAUAACUGCAUAAAAUGGUUAGUGCGAGAUGAAUAUGUGACAGACGAGCAAGUGGUAAGAAUUGAUGAUAUAGAAUCGAUGAAAAAUGUUCCAGGAAAUGUAAAAAUUCUUUUAUGGGAUGGUCAUUGCGAUAAAAGUGAAAUAUUUACAAAUGAUUUGAAAGAAUAUGUUCUGAACGGUGGAGCCAUGGUGUGCGGUAGCACUCCCUGGGGAUGGCUUCAACUUAACGAAGGAAAACCAUUGCAGGAUUUUCCGUUUCAAAAGUUUUGCAGUUCUCUUGGAAUUGAACUAACAGAUGGAUACAUUGAUAAUGACAGUCUGGAUCAACUACCGGUACGUCAUGACUUGUUAACAUAUAAGAAUAUGAAUGAAGUUAGAAAUCGUCUGACUGCUGAACCAAAUAAUGGCGAAUAUUUAGCUCUUAUUGAACAUAUGGAAAAAGUUGUACCAGAAUUUCAGUUAAAUAACCGGGUUUCUCGGAAUUAUUGGGAAGGUGAUUAUUAA